UAUGGCGGAAAAAGUCAAUAGAAAAAGAUAACACAUUGAAAAAUAUUGGUUUAUUUCUGAAACAAGGAAGAAACUGUUAUUGUGAAUUGCUUUAAUCAAUGUUAUCGUAAAAUGGAACAACAACAGAAAACACUGAUUACUUUAACUUUCUUUCUAGCUUUGCUAGGAAUUACUUUAAUUGUUAUUUCUCUGGCCACAGAUAACUGGGUGGAGUCGAACCCACUAACGAUUAAAAAUGGAACUUCUGAUGUUGACCACUCUCGUAAAAGUGAUGUUAAUUUUGGUUUAUUUAGAGGACAUAGGAUUCUUGAUUAUGGAUUUGGACAAAGGGAAUCUGCAUUGACAGUGACAUGUGAGGCAUCAGAAGGUGUGUGUGUAGUUUAUCCAGAUACAGUGACUUUACCAGCAUCUGAAUACAUUCACAGUGUCCUCUAUAAUGUUGUUAACAACACAAAUAACAUAAACAACACAGAUAGUACUGAUGAUGAACCUUUAUACAGGAAAGGUUUAUUCAACUAUGGUUUCUGGGUAACUUCAAUCAUCAGUGCUGCAUUUAGUAUUGUGUUUGGGCUUAUAGCUAUGGGCUUUGCCAUAUUCAACAUCUGUGGAAAACCUAUCGAGACAAUCACAGGGCCCAUGGGCUUGUACCUCUGGAAUGGUACUGCGUUUCUCUUUGCACUCCUAGACAUGGUGAUGUUCCUCACACUUUUUCUAACUUCGCUACAAAAGAACUUCCUGCUUCAAGAGGACGUAGAUAAAUUUGUUUUAACAGAAAAAACAAACCUCGGUUAUUCCUUUUAUCUGGUACCGGCCGCUGUCGUCAUGUACCUGGUCAAUAUCAUACUUCUUGUGUGUUCCGGAUACAAGUUGAAGUGUUCAUUCGGGAGCGAAGCCGAGAAAGUUGUUGAUAACGGAAUGAUUCUGUAUUAAUUGUUAGUGAAAAAAGGGUUGUAAAACUUUGAUAUGGAAUGAUUUUUUAAUAACUGUGAAGUGAGAAAAAGUUCCUUUAUAGAUAUAGAAGUAAGUAGACUGUGUAAAGUUUUUUGUUCGUUUUUUUUAUUUUUUUGUUUGUUCUAUAUUUAAAAAAUACGUAUUUAUUUCACAUUAUUUAUAACUAUCUAAAGAAGGAAUAAGAAGGAGGGUGUAUUGAAAUGUACAUGUAUAAGAAAAUGAGACCAGAAAAAACAACCUGCGUUUACUGUUACCUGAGUGACCCUAAAAAUUAGCUUUGACCUUAAACUUGUUGUUUAAUCAUCUUGAAAUAAAAAAGAUAUGUAAAUAUAAAAUAUUUUUGCUAUUGAAAGUGCAUAUCUUGGUAACAUUGUUAAAAUUCAUUGAUUAGGAAGUUUGAUUUUUAACUAAGUAUAUUACCUUUUUAUGAGACUUGCUCCAUGAAAUAAACAUCAGAAAAAAAAAAUCUAAAAAGAAAAUAAUUUCCUACCCGCUUACCAUAUUUUUGGGGUGUCGGGUAACGCCGAGCACUUGUAUUAUUCUUUCUGGCCUAACGUAUUUAUAUAUCACUAGAAAUGAGAGUUAGGCAAAUAGAAGGACUUGCUUGAUUCACAAGCAUAAAAUAAAGUAAUUGAUACAUGUUAGCAAUACAUAUCAUUUGAGAAGUUAUAUGAUUGUUUUGAACUUAUCUUUGGACUUCGCUUUAAACCAAAGUUAAGUUUUUUCAAAAUGAAACAAAAUUAAACAAAUCUUUUUAGCUUAUCUGAUUUUUUGAAAAAAAAUGUUGAGUUAUUGUCAUCACAUGAUCAACGCCGGCAUUGCCUGGUUAAGUUUUAUGUUUAGUUCAGCUUUUCUCCUAAACUAUCAAAGCUAUUGCUUUAAAACUUGCAACACUUGUUUACCAUCAAAAGCUGACUCUGUACAGCAAGAAAGGUAACUCAGUCCUGCUUUUUGCAAGAAUUAUGGACCUUUUUGGACUUAGAAAAUGUCAUAAAAACACAAGGGUAGGACAAUAUUUCAUUAACGGUCAAAGCUAUUGCUUUAAAACUUGGAGCAGUUAUUCACCAUUAAAAGCUGACUCUGCACAGCAAGUACCGUAACUCUACAUUGCUUUUUGCAAGAAUUAUGCCCCUUUUGGACUUAGAAAAUCAUGGGUAGGACAAUAUUUCUAUUAAACAGAGACAAAAAAAUCAGAUGAGCGUCUGCACCCGCAGGGCAGUGCUCUUGUUUAUAGAAAUAUUAACUUAUCCAAAAAUGAACUUUUUAAUGUAAAAUGGCUUCAAAAACUACUGGCAUUUUAUAACUGAAGAUAUACUGCUGAAAGUUACAUUUACUGGGCAUAUUCUCUGUUUGUUUAUAAGCUUUUGAAGAGAUUCAACACCAUUGUUAAAGGUUUUGUUUGUUAGUGUGUUAUGAAUUGAAUGUAUAUUAUUUGAUAUACAAAAUGUGCUGCACAUGAGAAAACCAGCAUAGUGCAUUUGCGACAAGCAUGGAUCCAGACCAGC